CCCUACCCCAAUCUGAGUUCCUCGCCGAGAAGAGGAACUGAGGGGCGCGGCAGCGACCCCGCCCGUGAUGGUCGCCCGCCGCGCUCUGUGGCGGACGCGGACAUGCACAGCUCCUCUCCCUCCUCCGCCGUCGUCGCGUAUUCUUCCUCGUCUCCAUCAGACCUCUCUCCAGCAGACGGCUUCCUGUGCGUGAAGGAGGGGGUCGACGAGAUGAUCAAACACGUCGCGAAUGAGCCCUCCCUCGGGCUCUACUUCGUCCAGCAGCACGCCCAGGCAUCCAUGCCCAUCCUCCUAGACGUCAAGGGCAAGGUUACGGAAAAGACUCGUGAGAUAACAUUACACACUGAAGAUAUAGAGGAUUCUAUUUGUGCUGUGAGGUCCAUGGCUGAGUUUGGACUUCCAAUUGCUGAUGAUAUGAUCAAGGACAUAAAUAAAUCUCUAAAGAUAAUGUCGAAGACCCAACCAAAGAGGGGGUUAAUCCAGAACCCCAUUUGGGGUUUCCAAUCGGACAAAAGCUCAGAACCAUGGAAUGAUUUGGACACUACUAAUGGUGGAAGUAGCAAGAACUAUUUGUCUUCUAUGUUGAACACCGCAAAGCAAAAGGCAUCGAGUCUCAGAUGGCCACAGACUGAUUUUGCUAUGAACGAUGGCGUUAGUGAGAAGUCAGUGUCUUCUACAGCUCAAGAAUCAUCACCAGCCGGAGGACAUGGGGCGUCAACACCCUCGGAUGCAGAAAGGGAUGAAGUAGUCUCCAUUUCGAACCGUUUGUUGGAAAACAAAAAUGCAGCUACUAUGAAUCAGGGCCUAUCUCCUUCUGAUAUCUCCCACACGGCGGAGAGCUACAACAAGUUCAAAGAAGAACAGGAGCUGAAACUGCAAGAGUGGCUCAGGGAGUCGAUAGAAGCUGAAGAUAAUAGAGGUUGACGCUGUUGUGACAGUUCCGGUGUUUCCGUCUCUGUCGGAGCAUGUCGGAAAUGAAAAACGUGUCGCAAUCUUCGUAUAUGCUUAUGACCACAGAUCUUUUUGUAUUGAUGAUGAGUGUACAUGUGCCGCGUCUCUGUAAACAUUCGUGUUCACUUUGCAGCUGUUUCAUUGAUAUCCACAAGGCAGAGAGAGAUCUCUCAAGUGUAUUGUUGCAUAACAGCCUGAAUUACAGCAGAGCAUGUUUGUUAUUGUA